GUCACCCCGCUGCAAUAAUGACCCGGGUCUUGACCCUUGCGUUGUGUCUACUGGUCAUGUUUAAAUCUGGAAUCUGUGACUUUCCUUUAAACACUUGCGACCCCAUAAGCACGUGUUCAUGUGAAACUUGGGAAGGACGAAUUGACCUUCACGCACUUGCUAAUACCGACGGGACUCCGCGGUUCCGGGACAUCCCCGACCCCGACGGGAAGACGUUCUACUCCUGGAACCCCUGCUAUGGAUUCGAUGAGGAAGGAUGCCGGGAUGUGGCGAUGUGUAAGAUCACGGACCACGGCUUGUCCAGCAUGAGUCUGGGUCAGCAGUCCAGUCGUCUCUAUGUGGCCGACACACGGUAUGGACAGUUGCUGCAAUACACGCAGUGGGGAGGUGCGAACAAUUCAGGAAACGUCAUCCUAACCUGUGAUCACACUGCGGAAGGCAGCGUUACUCGACGCCCGGACAGUGACAGCGGCAGGUACUUCUACCUAGAAUUGAGGAGUAAGUACGCAUGUCCGGUCAAAAUAAAUAGAAGCACAACAGCGCCGCCCACUGAGUCCACAACUAGGCAUCGACGGCCGAUACCCCUUGCGUUCAUUAGACCAGCGAUAACACCCUCCUCUCCUACCUCCCCGCCACUGUUAGCUCUGAACACACUAAGUACAGUCUUCAUCUGUCACAUGUAA